AUGUCGAAGUGCGCUGCUUGCGGGAAAUUUGUGAGUCCGGCUGAUAUUAUUAAAUGUAGCAGUUGUGCUAAUAUUUAUGACAGAAUAUGUUUAAAGUUAUCCAAAAGUUAUAAAGUAUCUCCAAAAUGGCUUUGUCCGGGCUGUACUUCUAAACAACCACGAAAAGAUAAUACGGAGACUCCGAUUAAGGUGCAAACAGAAAUAAGCCAGAAUAGUUCCUCGAACUCAUCACCUUCUAGUUGCAGUGGCUGUGAUGCUACAAGUAAGAUGAUAGAGGAGUUACGUACGGAAAUUGUCGCUAUGCGCAAUGAAUUUGUAAACUUUGGAACAAAGUUCGACAGGCUUUACCUUGCCGUCAGCGACUUAAGUAAGCGAGUUGAUGGAAUAGAGAAUCGGGUGGCUAAUCUCGAAAAAGACGAAUGCAUGGAAAAAUAUAAGGAUGAGAACAAAAAGCUAAGCGACACAUUGGAGCGUCUUAAGUUCGAGUUGAACGAUCGUGAUCAGGAACAGCUCCUUACUGAUGUAAUUACGAAAUUUGUAAUUCUGUUUAUGCUUUAUGGCAACUAUGUACUCUGUGUGGCAACUUUUGACAUUGAAAACAAAACUCCAAAUCUGCAAGUUCUACUGAAGAAACUACCAAAGGCCUAUACUUCAAAGGAUGCAUAUGAAAUUAGAAAACAAUCUAAACCUCAACAACAAAGAGAGGAAAUAAAGCAUUGCCGGAGGAAUGCAGAGGGACAACUAUCUUUAUAA